AUGAUUGAUAAAAAUGAAGAAUUGAAUAUGAGAGAUAGCAAAAACAAUAAAGUUGAAUUAUUGGAUGCUAGAUUAAGUAACAUAUUAAAUAGAGGAAGUAAUCUUAGUACUGGUGAAAUAAGCUUCCUUGAAAGUUGUAAUAAUAGAAUUGGUGUUAGUGAUGAUGAACAUGACACUCAUAUAUUAUCAAGGAUUUGUCUAAAACAAGAAUGCAAACCUUCUUAG